UGGCGGUUACCAAAGUGGUAGCUAUGGCGGUGGCGAUGGUGGCCAGGGCGGUGGCAGUGGCGGUUACUAAGGUGGUGGUUAUCGCGGUGAAGGCUACAGUCAAGGAGGUGGUGAUGGUGAAUACCGCUGAGGAUAGGCGGGACACCUUUGAGCUCUUCGUGAUAUCCCGAGAUGAAGAAUGCGGGGGCAGUUGCGAUGAGGCUUUAUCUGAGUUACUCUUCACUAGCGUCACAUCCCGUUAAUAGAUGGCACCAUUGACCAGG